UAACGCAGAACUUUACUUUACUGAUGGAUUCGUUAUGCGACAGAUUUCCUCUUCACAGAGCGGUUUUUGAGGGGAAUCUUCGGAAGGUUUCGAGUUGCUUACGCACCUAUGAUGUAGGAGAAAGAGAUGUACAUGGAAAUACACCCCUUCAUUUGGCAGUUCUCUUGGGUCACAGAGAAUGUGUGUAUUUACUGCUGGCCCACAAAGCCCCAGUGAAAGUGAAAAAUAACUUUGGAUGGACUCCUCUGGCUGAAGCCAUCAGUUAUGGGGAUCGGCAAAUAAUCACAUCAUUACUGAAGAAACUCAAAGAACAAUCAAGAGAAGCUCUAGAGGAAAGAAGACCUCAAUUGACAACUGCAUUACAAGAGCUUGGAGACUUCUAUGUAGAGAUUAAUUGGGAUUUUCAAAGCUGGGUACCACUAUUGUCCAGAAUAUUGCCAUCAGACACAUGUAAAGUGUACAAGAAAGGAUGCUCCAUAAGAAUGGAUAGUACACUAGUGGAUUUUAGUGACAUGAAGUGGCAGAGGGGUGACUUGACAUUUAUUUUCAAUGGAGAUGCAAGAGGAAAACAAUCCUUUGCUGUGUUAGACAAUGAGAAGAAGGUUUUUCAAAGACUCAGGACAGAGGACACUGAAGCAGAGAUAGAGGAAGAAGUUGAUCUACUAAUGAGCAGUGACAUUGUUUCAGCCACUAUGUCAACUAAACCCAUCACCUUUAGUCGCUCACAAGCAGGUUGGAUUUGGCGUGCAGACAGAUCAGAGAUGGUUGGUCCCUACAUGUCUGAAGUUUAUUCCAUAAAUGGAAUGUUGCUCAUUUCUAGAAAGCGGAGGGAGCACUUGUCAGAGGAAGAUGUCGUGAAAAACAAGGCUCUGAUUGACAAUCUAAGCAAGGGAGGAGGAAAUAUUAUGGACAGCCUUCCUGAGACUACAAGGAGAAGUUCCCUUAAUCCUCCACCUAAGACUGACAUGUCGUGGGAUGAGUACCUGCUGUAUGACACAGAAAGACUGCCUCCAAUUGGUCGGCCCAUGGUGCUCAAAGAAGACAAGAAAACUGUCAAAGCGCAUGUAGCAAUGAGUGAAGAUUUUCCCCUCUCUGUUGAUCUUAUCCUGAAAGUUUUAGAGGUUGUUGCUCCAUUUAAGCACUUCAACAAGUUAAAAGAGUUUGUCGCUAUGAAACUACCCGCUGGAUUUCCUGUCAGAAUAGAAAUACCAGUUUUUCCGACGAUAACAGCACGUGUGACGUUCCGAGACUUUAAAUCCUGUAGUGAAAUUCCCUCUUCAAUGUUUUUUAUACCUCGAGAUUACAAGGAGGAUCCGAAUCGCUUCCCAGAUUUGUAAACAGAAUGAAGAUGUUCAAGACUAAUGUUCUGCUUGAAAAUUGUUAAAAUUUACCUCGCGCACCAAUGGUUGACCAGUGCGACUCUAUUUUCUCUUACUUGUGCACAAGCAAGUAAAGCGUUUCGGUAAUUCAAUCAUUUCUUUUUAAUAUUGAGAUCUUUCAACGAAUAUCUCGUAUGUUUGUUACAGAAUGAAAUUCUUAUUCGUAAGAACAGUUAUCAGUGGCAAAGUAUUGAACAAUGUCACACCAGUUCACCAAAAAAUGAAAUGGCUACAAUUUUUGUUCCAAAAUUUCUAAGGAUAUGCUUUCGUUGUCUAAAUUCGUUGCCCAUUGCAGGUAGACAAUGUAAAUCAUAUGCAAAACAAAUUCAAUAGACCUCUUUCAGUUUGGCGGCAGAAAGUUAAGACUGCAAAGUGAGUGCAAUGAUUUCGUGUAAUUUACACGCAUUUCACACUCACGUGCGUGUAUGGUUACUGCACGCAGGUACGUGUAGUGACGCACGGUUUGCGUCAAGAGCCUUUAACGCGGCAGGACACGCGAGCGCUGCAUGUACCAGCACGUUAAGAAAUCCUUGAGACACGUUAUUUCAGCAGAGAAAUUAUGAUUUUUUAUUUUGCAAAAAAAAAAUUUUUGACUUCAAUGUACCUUGGGCUCCAUUUGAACCCUUUGUCUGAGACAAGGGAUAAUUUGAAUUUUAUUACUGACGUGAAAUUUUCAGGACUCACUUGUAAGUACAACACUUGAGUCGCAAAGUAGUUCCUAACAAAAAACAAACAAACAAAAAACCACCGCAAACUGAGACCCGUAAAUUUUUUUCAUAGUCACUUUUCAAUUCUUUUUCCUUGAAUUAAGAAUUAUUGAAGCCAGUUAAUACUGCGCAUACUUGCUAUUUAGCUUACAUCUACACGUUUAACUAGGAGGUUAAAACGUUUGAUAGUGCUGCCUGAAAUGGAACUCGCAAAAAUUAGCUCUCGGCCGAAAUUUCAGUCAUAGACAAGAAAUCAACACCUCACUAAAAGGAAUCCGUUCAACUGCCUUAAAGUUUCGCGCCGCAAAGGGUUUUCGAAUAGAGGUGUAGGGUAUAAGUGAUAGUUAUAUUGUGGACAUAGUGUACUUUUGUGCUGAUAUUUUUUUGCUGUCAGUUCUCGUCCAGUCUUCAAAUUAUAUUGGCGAGAGCGCGGACAAAUAACUUUAACUUGGUGGGAAUGGUGAAAGCGUCUUUUUUUUGCCCUUCCUCUGUACCGAGAGCAGUUUUGCCCUCUACCUAGACCUUUCUCACUAUUUAAACGGUAGCACUUGAAAGGAUGAGGAUUAAGAUUUGUAAACAGUAGUGAGGGUACUUCGGCAACAUAUUUAUGUAGUGUGUUAUAGAAAGCUUAUAUAUGUGUACAUCUUAUUUGAUCCGUUGAGUUUAUUGCUAUUUAUGAUGAACGUCCGUGGUGACACCGUUUCAUUUUCGAAGUUACGGGUAAUAAAUGUAAAAUUGUAGCAAACAAAAGGUUAGACAUAAGUAAAGGAAAAGAUAAUUUAUUUUUGUAAAAGACUUCUUAAGUAAUACGGCUGUGGUAAUAUGGUGUACGCUAAGCAGAGUAAAGCAUGUAGAUUCUUAGCCAAGGUUUUACAUCUGUGAAUGAAGCAGUUUAGAUAUUGUUAUGAAAUAAUGUAUUUUUUCUUUCA